AUGAACUGCAGGAGGAGCCCCCUGCUCCGCGUCCCGCUGCUGCUGCUGCUGCUGCUGUUGCUGCUGCUGCUGCCCACCCAGGUCCUGUCUGCGAAUCUCGGGGCGCCUGUGAACCCCUGCUGUUACUACCCCUGCCAGCACCAGGGCGUCUGCGUGCGUGUGGGCCGGGACGGCUACCAGUGUGACUGCACCCGCACGGGCUUCUCGGGCCCCAACUGCACCGUCCCCGAGUUCUGGACCUGGUUGCGGGAAGCACUGCGGCCUGGCCCUUCUUUUGUCCACUUCCUGCUGACCCACGGGCGCUGGUUCUGGGAGUUGGUCAAUGCCACCUUCAUCCGGGACUUGCUCAUGCGCCUGGUCCUUACAGCGCGCUCCAACCUCAUCCCCAGCCCCCCCACCUAUAACUCGGCGCACGGCUACAUCAGCUGGGAGUCCUUCUCCAACGUGAGCUAUUACACCCGCAUCCUGCCCUCUGUGCCCCGGGACUGCCCCACGCCCAUGGGCACCAAAGGGAAGAAGCAGUUGCCAGAUGCCCAGCUCCUGGGCGAACGCUUCCUGCAGAGGAGGAAGUUCAUCCCUGAUCCCCAAGGCACCAACCUCAUGUUUGCCUUCUUCGCCCAACACUUCACCCACCAGUUCUUCAAAACUUCUGGCAAGAUGGGUCCUGGCUUCACCAAGGCCUUGGGGCACGGGGUAGACCUCGGCCACAUCUACGGAGACAACCUGGAGCGCCAGUAUCAGCUGCGGCUCUUUCAGGAUGGGAAACUCAAGUACCAGGUGCUGGAUGGAGAGAUGUACCCGCCCUCCGUGGAGGAGGCGCCAGUGCUCAUGCACUACCCCCGGACCGUCGCACCCCGGGACCAGAUGGCCGUGGGCCAGGAGGUGUUUGGGCUGCUCCCGGGACUCAUGCUCUACGCCACCAUCUGGCUGCGGGAGCACAACCGAGUGUGUGACCUGCUGAAGGCUGAGCACCCCACCUGGGACGACGAGCAGCUCUUCCAGACCACCCGCCUCAUCCUCAUCGGGGAGACCAUCAAGAUAGUGAUUGAGGAAUAUGUGCAGCAGCUGAGUGGCUACUUCCUGCAGCUGAAGUUCGACCCGGAACUGCUGUUCAGUGCCCAGUUCCAGUACCAGAACCGCAUCGCCCUGGAGUUCAACCAGCUCUACCACUGGCACCCGCUCAUGCCCGACGCCUUCCGGGUGGGCCCCCAGGAGUACAGCUAUGAGCAGUUCCUCUUCAACACCUCCAUGCUGGUGGACUACGGGGUUGAGGCCCUGGUGGACGCCUUCUCUCACCAGGUCGCAGGCCGGAUCGGUGGGGGACAAAACAUUGACCACCACGUCCUGCAUGUUGCUGUAGAGGUCAUCAAGGAGUCCCGGGAGUUGAGGCUGCAACCUUUCAAUGAGUACCGCAAGAGGUUCAACAUGAAGCCCUACACCUCAUUCCAGGAGCUCACAGGGGAGACAGUGCUGGCUGCUGAGUUGGAGGAACUGUAUGGAGACAUCGAUGCCUUGGAGUUCUACCCGGGGCUGCUUCUGGAGAAGUGUCACCCAAACUCCAUUUUUGGGGAGAGUAUGAUAGAAAUUGGGGCUCCCUUUUCCCUCAAGGGUCUCCUAGGGAAUCCCAUCUGUUCUCCGGAGUACUGGAAGCCAAGUACAUUUGGUGGUGAGAUGGGCUUUAACAUCGUCAAGACGGCCACCCUGAAGAAGCUGGUUUGCCUCAACACCAAGACAUGUCCCUACGUUUCCUUCCGUGUGCCCAGUCCCGACCAGGACAAGGGGCCUGGGAGAGAGCAGCCCUCCACAGAGCUCUGAGUGGGCAGUGCCCUAGCGGGGAGAGGUCUGUGCUGAUGCAUUGGAUAGUCUUAAACAUUGGGUUACUGAUUUGGCAUGGAGAACAUCAAAGCUGACCUAUAGAACUUUGAGCAUUUCAUCUAUUAUUUGGAAUAUUGGGGUCCUGUGUGUCAUUCUAGAAUGCUGGACCCUUGGUGAGCCAUCGGAAUGUUAGGGCUUGAUUUAUUUUUGGUAGGUUAGAACUUUGGGCUCCUCUGGGUUCAGAGCAUAUAGCAGGUAGGGCAUUUGCCUCACAUGUGGCCAACCUGGGUUCAAUCCCCAGCAUCCCAUAUGGUCCCCCAAGGAUCACUGCCAGGAGCAAUUCCUGAGUUCAGAAACAGGAGUAACUCCUGAGCAUCACCAGGUAUGACCCAAAAAGCGAGAGAGAGAGAGAGAGAGAGAGGAGAGAGAGAGAGAGAGAGAGAGAGAGAGAGAGAGAGAGAGAGAGAGAGAGAGAACACUUUGGGCUCCUUUUGGUUACCCAGGACAAGAGAUUUUCAGCUGGUCUAGGCCCUCUAGAAUGUGGAGCUCCUGAGAGGAAGCCAGCAUUUGAGAAUUCCACAUGGCCUUCCAGAAUGUGGGGGAUACUUUCUGAUGGACACUCCUGAGUACUGUGGUCCUGACUGUUCAUCCAGAAUCACAGCGAGUAUGUCAAGUCAGUCUUGAUCUGAGAGUCUGGAAUAUUGAUUUGAUUUCAUAUUCCUGUUCUGGAGAAUCUAAUAUCUGGCAAGAACACAUUAUCUGAAUCUGUGCCUGCACUGAUGGGGCAAAAGAAGUGGGGUGUUCUUCUUGGGAUCCCGAUGUACGCCACUGGUCAGAGGUGAUAGAGAGAAUGGGUGAGCUUUUUGCGGGAUCCUUUUUUGUAAGUCACCCCAGCUCUGUCCCCUUCUGGACCUUGACUCACGCCAGCUGUUUCUGAUGAAGUGAAUAAAAUCCCUUUUCCAACUUCCUGCUCUGUAUCACUUUGGGUCGCAUCCCCAGAAGUAGAGGUGAUGUGACAAUGACCUUUCUCCUAGCCACCAGCUACUUGUGUUAGAGGUUGCAACUCGAGACUUUUGCCUGGGACCUUUGAGGCCCUGUUUGCAUCUUCCCCCAUGAUGCUUCUGUUCUCCCCAUGGGUGAGGCAUUGGCUUGGCCAUGCUGCGUUUUCCUGAAACACAUGGCUCUCCAGCCCUAGGAGACAUAGCCUUCAGAUUCCACUGUCUGAUUAAAAGUGACUUCCUUUGAGACAGAUCACACAACAGAGAUGAGGGCCUGCGGGGGAGAGAAAACGCUUAACCCUGUGCAUAGUGGACACAUUUCAUUCUCAGUUGUUGUUACAUGAAGUAGGGGAUCCAUCCCCAUUUCAAAACUGGGACUCGAAGUGGUCCAGGAGUGGAUAUCUGAGCCUAGAGGGGGCCCAGGUCUGGUUUUGUCUAGCGCUGAUCCAGCCCCUUCCUCCUGCUUCCUGGUUUGACUCUGUCCCAGACCUGAUCUUGUCUGUCUGGUUCAGGGUCAAAGGAGAAGGUGGUGGGGUGUGGCCUGUCUUCCUUGCACGCUGUUCCUUCUGCCACCAAUGUUUUCUUAAGUGCUUGGUAAGAAAGUCACUGCCCCAGGCAUGAGGUGGCAGGAAAGAGUGAUGGCAAAAGACAAGGCUUCUGCCCAUAGGGAAUGCACAUUUCCGAGAAGGCAGAGUAGAGAACAAAUAGAUAAAGAAUGAGAUUAAAGACAAAAACAAAAUAAAACACAAGGUGAAUAUGAUCUUCCUUGUAGCCCUGUAUAGUUCUCCGCUUUCUUGUCUCCCAAGAACCAAGACCCUUACCUCAGCUGCCCACACCCAUAGAACCAGCAAAGACAGCAGAGAGGUUAGUGGGGUAAGGCCAGAGGUUGGGAGAAGACUCUUUGGGCUUCACACAUGGGACUUAACAUUCUUUGGGGAAACUGAUGUCCCAGAAACAAUGGAGGAAGUUAGGGUCCAGGCUGAGGGUUCUAGGGGUGGGUCUCUAGUCUUCUGGUUCAGAAAGCUCAUGCUUUCCCUUAGUUGAGUGAGCACUGCUUUCACCACUUCCUCCUGGCCUUGGAGAUAAUGUAAUCCUCUUCUGCCCCCAUUAUGCUAUGUAGAAGGGCCCUUCUACAUCAUGCCAAAAGUAGGAAUGGAAUGGGGGUGUUUUGCCCUUCCUGACUCCUGAAUAUCCCCCCAUUUCGGCUGCUACUCCUACUUGG